AUGACUAGACUCCGUGUAGCAUGGAUUGGCCUGGGCAACAUCGGCCGGGGUAUGAGCGCCAACAUCGCUCAAAAAGGUCCGCAAACAGGACCUCUCGUCCUCUACAAUCGCACAACUGCCAAGGCGGCCGCGCAUGCCGAAACGCUGGGUGACCGUGCGACCGUCGCAACGUCGCUAGCUGACGCGGUGCAGCAAGCCGACCUGAUCUUUACCUGUGUGGGUGAUGACCCGGCCCUCGACCAGAUUGUCGCGGCGAUCCUAGAUGACAAGACUGCCGACCUGUCCAGCAAGACCUUUGUGGACUGCUCGACCGUCCACCCAGACACGUCGCGGCGCACGGAAACAGCAUUUGAAGAACGGGGUGCCGCCUUCGUCGCAUGCCCGGUGUUCGGCGCGCCGCCCAUGGCCGCAGCGGGGCAGCUGAUCAUGGUGCCAGCCGGCAAACAAGCAGCGAUCGCGCGGGCGCGCCCCUUCUUCGACGGAGUGACGUCGCGGCAUACAAUUGACCUUUCCUCCGGGUCUGGUGCAGACAUCGACGUCGACCGCGCGGCAACCCUCAAACUGCUCGGCAACACGUUCAUUCUCAACACAGUCGGUGUGCUGGCAGAGUCGUUCGUCGCAGCCGAGGCAUCCGGGCUAGGCGUCGGUCCUCUCAAGGAGUGGCUCGAACUGUUUGCGCCGGGUCCCUUUGCCAAGUAUGCGGACCGUAUGCUUUCUGGCGAUUACUAUCAACGUGAGGAGCCGCUGUUCGCUGUCGAUUUGGCCCGCAAGGAUCUGCGCCAUGCGUAUAAUCUUGCGCAGGGUGGCGGCGCGCGCAUGCGCAAUGUCGAGGUCACCGAUGCGUUCCUGCAGGAUGUCAAGGCUGAGAAGGGCGAGAAAGGUGAUAUUGCUGCGGUGUAUGGUGCUGCUAGAAAGAGUGCCGGAAUGGAGUUUGAGAACCAGUGA